GCAGACCAAGGCAUCAUGCCUCACCUGGUCUCAGACGGCUCCUCUCUAGAGGCCCAGAUGAGGCUAAAGCGAGCCCGGCUCGCCGAGGACCUGAAUGAGAAGCUGGCUCUCAGGCCGGGGCCCCUGGAGCUGGUCCAAAAGAAUAUCAUUCCCCUAGACUCUGCCGUCACAAUGACAGUAAAUCAUGGUAAGUUCCCCAAACAAGAGGACUCGUAUGCGUUUGAGGAGGACAGCAGCAGUGAGAGUCUGUCUCCAGAGCAGCACCACAGCGAUGAGUCUCAGGGCUCGGCCUGCCCUUCGUCCGAGGCCGUCGGCAGUACACCCUCCUCCUCUUCCUCACCUGCCCUCACCAGCACACGACAGUCGAGCCACAGAGACCCACCUGAUCAAAGCCAAGAUGAAGGACUGUCUGGAGCUAACAACAGCCAGGCGACUCCCCCAAUACCUGUUCCUGCUAUUGUCAAGUCAAAGACGACAGACAAGAACCGACACAAGAAGCCCAAAGAUGUGAAGCCCAAAGUGAAGAAGCUCAAGUACCACCAGUACAUUCCUCCGGACCAGAAGGCCGAAAAGUCGCCUCCGCCCAUGGACUCGGCCUACGCCCGACUCCUCCAGCAGCAGCAGCUCUUCCUGCAGCUGCAGAUCCUCAGCCAGCAGAAACAUGCUCACACACACUCACAGACGCAGCACUCGCAGCAGCAUACACACACUCCACAGACACCGGCCCAGGUCCAGGCUCAGCAGAGGCAGCCCACUUUCAGCUACCAGCCCCACCCACCAGCACAGACCCAGAAAGGAAGCAGUGAGCAGAUAUCAGCUUGCAGCUCCAGUGUUCAAUCCUGCACAGCCAACAGCAACUCGUCCUCUCCGGUCAAGAACACAUAUCCCAACCAAAGCAACAUCUCACCGGUCAAACCUGGGCCCCUGCCAGCCAACCUGGACGACCUAAAAGUAUCAGAGCUCAGACAGCACCUGCGUAUCCGUGGCAUGCCUGUCUCUGGCACCAAAACCGCCCUCAUUGAGCGACUCCGACCCUUCAAGGACUCCAAUGCAGGGUCCUCGCCCUCGGGCUCCUCUGACAUCACCACUGUGACCUUCCCCGUGACUCCAACGGGCUCCCUGUCCUCCUACCAGUCCCCGUCCUCCUCCAGCGCCCUAUCCCAGGGAGGCUACUACCCUUACCCCAGCACCUCCUCCACCCCUCCCAUCUCGCCGGCUUCCUCCGAGCUGUCCCUCAGCGGCUCGCUCCCCGACAGCUUCAGCGACGUGCCCAUGUCUUCGCCCACGCAGUUCGCCCUGCAGCCGUCUCCGGCCCAGCUCGGCAUGGAGGACGGCCUGGGAGGACCGAGGGCAGGGGAGGGCGGAAGCAUGGACGGCCUGGAAGCGGAAAAAGAUAAAAUGCUGGUGGAGAAGCAGAAGGUGAUCGAGGAGCUGACGUGGAAACUGCACCAGGAGCAGAGACAGGUUGAAGAGCUGAAGAUGCAGCUCCACAAGAGGAAACGCUGCUAUGGAGCAACGCAGGACACCGUUCCUCCUCCAUCUCAGUCACACCACCCCUCCAUGCACCACCAGCAGACUACAGCCAUGAUGGGCCAGCAUUUUUUUGGGGUGACAAUCAAACAAGAGCCCAUGUCCCUCUCCUCCAGCUGCCCUCUCUCCUCUCCCAAACAGCUCAAGAGCCCUCCUGGGAGCUGCAUGGAAGACAUGGGACACUGCAACGCUUCACUCUCCAAUAUGGGGGGCCAUGGCGGGCCACAAUGUAUGGACACGGCCCCUUCUUCCGGCAGCCCUUCCACUAUGUCUGCUUUCCUCAGUCCACAGUGCUCACCGCAAGACUCGCCCAUUGGAAAGCCCUCUAGUAGCCCCCAGCCUUCUUCUCCUAAUAACCCCUACCUGCUAUCACCUCCGCUGGGAAGGGACGGCUGCGGUCACCCCCAGCCCAACAGAGCACGUAACAUGCAGAUGCAGCAGAAGAGUGGUGGCCAGCCACUGAACUGUUCUUAUCCUUCUGACCAAAGAGGCCUUCAGGGAGUCUUUCCCAACUCAGCUGAUUGUGGCCUUAACCACAACGGCUCAGCCAAGGCUGAGAACCCUAAUAUGCAACCAAAGAUGUCAGUAUUGCCCUCUCCUCGUCAUGCUGGCCAAAAGUGCCAGGUCUCUACCCCUGCCUUCAGUAGCUCAGAUUCAGCUGCAUCUGACUUAAGACAGCCCCCAUGCUAUGAGGAUGCAGUCAAGCAGCAACUGACCAGAAGUCAGCAGAUGGAUGAACUUCUGGAUGUGCUCAUAGAGAGUGGAGAGAUGCCAGCUAACGCCAGAGAAGAGGGGGAGAGGUCCUCUCUAACCAAAGUUGUGCCUCACAUUACUGUGUCCUCAGGGUGUCCCAGCCUCCUCGUCCCGAGGUUCCACCGACACUACGAACACCUGUCCCCCACCCAGCUCCCUUAUGACCACUCGGCCAAUCACAUCGCUGACAGCCAUCUGGAGACUCUGCUGGGCAGUCCCAUUGGGCGGGGAGGAGAGGUAACCCUUCUUAAAAUGGCCACAGAGGAGGGGGGCCAGGAAGACGAGGGGAACAGAGACAGCGAAGACAAACUUCUGACCAACAGAGAUCUGAUGGACACUCCUCUGUCGCCCAUCAGCAAGGUGUCCGCAGUACCCGAGGUGCAGGGGAUGGUCAGCAUGACCUUCAGUGAGACACCUUGGGAGACGAUGGAGUGGCUGGACCUGACGCCACCCAGCUCAGCCACAGCCUUCAGUGUCGCUCCGCCCAGCGGGCCCAGCAUUUUCAACACAGAGUUCCUGGAUGUCACAGAUAUUAACUUGAACUCUGCCAUGGACCUUCACUUGGAGCACUGGUGA